AUGCAAUGUGAAAUCAGUGGCUUUACUAAAAAAAAAAUUAAAAAAAUAGUUAGUAAGGACAUAAAACAAAAAAAAGAAAAGCAAAAAGCAGAGAAAAGUGAAAAGAAAAUCAAGAAAAAAGAAAUAAGCAAAAGCAAAAAAAGCAACAAGCAAAAAGCAAAAAAAGCAAGAAAAGCAAAAGUGAAGCAGGCAAGCAAAAAGCAAAAGCGAAGAAGGCAAGAAAAAUCAAAAGCGAAGCAAGCAAGCAAAAAGCAAAAGUGA